AGGCAUGUGUGCAGCGCCGUUGCUGGGAGAUGGAGCUGUGCUGACUGGUGAAAAGAUGAGAAUCCACCCACCAUCCUCCUCUCCCAUAACAUUUAUUGCCAGUGAAAGAGGCGGCUGAAGGAGGUGGCCAUUCUUUCCUCCCCCUGUGUUAUUCAUCCGCACUGCUGUAAGAUGUUGAGACUCACUCUGGAGGAAUCACACCUGUGACUGGAUGUAUUUGGACCUGCGAGGGGCAUUAAUUGACAGGACUCAAGAUGAGUGUGACAUGGACUUGGUCUUCUACAUUUAAUUGUCUCUGUCAAAUACUGACAGGUGUCUGAGAAAACGGGUAGCCAGUUCUGUGCAGAUUAUGGGUACGAGCGCCAGUGCAACUUCCCAGGCUGCUCCGCUUGCACCUACACACCAGGCUGAUCACCAAGGGAACAGCAUGGCCGAGCACAGGCGCUCACUACCGUCGGUGAACAUUCGCAACAGCAAGGCUAAGUCCAUCAUCACAAACAAGGUGGCCCCUGUUGUCAUCACAAAUAACUGCAGGGAAGAGUUUCAGAUUCAUGACAAGAUCCAAUCUUCCAACUACUCGAAGGGAAGGAUAUCUGACCUGCUGCCUGAGCACUACCUAGUGUUGGGGGAGUUUUUUAUGAUACAGGAUGUAUACAAUAGAGCUGAUGUCUUAAAUACUACAAAAAGCCACGGGGCCCCCAACUUCCGCAAGGUCAAGGGAAACUACCCCCUUUUUGGAAUGGGCCAACCUAGCCUGAAUGGUUUCAAACAGGUCCUCCAGAGACUGCAGAUUGACGGCUGUGAGGAGGUGAUUUUAAUCUGCGUGAGGGAGGAGCCAGUGGUGUUCUUCCGCUCAGAUGGAGACUUUAUUCCGUACACUCCCAGAAGAAGAGAAAACCUCCAUGAAAACCUGCAUGACCUGGACAGAGAGCUCAAUGCAGAGCAAAUAGAGCUCUGCAUCCGAAAAGAGUUGUGUGACUUUGCCAAGCUGAGUGAAAAUAUGUUCUAUGUCUAUAAUGACAUUGAGCAUUUUAAAGAUGAACCUCAGCAUGUUCAGAUUAUGUCAGAGGAGGACAUUCAUGUCACUGAGGAGGUCUACAAAAGACCACUUUUCAGUCAACUGUUACACAGAUAUUACAGAUUACCGCUUCCCAUGGAAGGGGCACCACUGGAGGAGACAUUUGAUUCUUUUGUUAAUAUACUCCGGGAGACCCCAAACCUCUCUGUGAUGCGGGGCAGCUCCAGACCUCUGCCUGCACUGCUCUUCAGCUGCCAGGUGGGGGUAGGACGCACCAAUCUUGGCUUAAUUCUGGGAGCCUUAGUCUUACAUCACCUGCAGGGGGCAUCAAAUAGCCUCAGGCAGGAAAUACAGAAGAGUGAACACAAAUUGGAUUUCCAAGUGAUUCAGUUGCUAAUCAGUCGCCUACCUAAAGGUCAACAACUCCUUGAUGAGGUUGAUGAUGCUAUUGCUAUGUGUUCAGAGAUGCAUAACAUAAAAGAUGCUGUGUAUGAAAACAAACUAAAGCUGGAAGGCAUUGGGAAAAACUUCCAGUUUCAAGGAAGCAGCACAAAAGGCUAUUUCCUGCAAAGAACUCUGCAGAGUCUCGAGCGCUAUGUGUACCUACUAGUGUUCAAUGCAUAUCUUCAUGAUCAGUAUCCACAGGCGUUUUCCCAGAGCUUCAGUCAGUGGAUGUGUAUGAACGCUUGGAUCUACAGACUGCUGGCCAGCAUGGAUAGCUCAGAACUCUCAGCACCAGCAAACCUUAUAGCCAAUGGGAUUCGAGUUCUGGUGUCCAGUGAGUUUUUAGCAACGGAUCUGCUCAGUACAGCCAAGGAGAUGAAAGUGGCCAAUUUCAGACGUGUUUCAAAAAUGGCCCUGUAUGGAAUGGGCCAGCCAAACUCUGAGGCUCUUGCUGUUGUGAUGUCCUACCUGACAGACCAGAGGCGAGGGCACUCCACAAUUCUCUGGCUGAAUCUACAGGAAGAGCUUGCACUGGAGGCAAAUGGACUAAUGUUCACCCCACGAGAGCCAGGCUGUCUGGAACAGCCUAUUCCCGUCUGUGUUCAACAUCCACGGCAGCUCCAGGAAAUUGAGCUGGCACUGAAGCAGGAUGUCCUGAGGUGUGAGAAGUGGCUGGAGGUGAUUACAGAGCAGGAUAAACAGAUGAGGAUGUUUAGAAGUUGUCACACCAUAGAGGAGCUCUUCGUCCAUCAGAAGAGCAUUCAUCCAGGUCUCAGCUACCACCGGAUUCCCCUGUCUGACUGCUGUGCACCUAAAGAAGAGGAUUUUGACCAGUUGUUGGAGGCCAUGAAGUGUAGUCUGGCUGAAGACCCUACCUGCGCUUUCAUCUUCAACUGUCAUGAUGGGAAAGACCGAACUACUGCAGCUAUGGUCAUUGCCACUCUCACCCUGUGGCACAUUAAUGGCUUUCCUGAGUGUGAAGAAGAUGAGAUUGUAAGUGUUCCAGAUGCCAAGUACACCAAAGGAGAGUUUGAGGUGGUGAUGCAGGUGGUAAGGGUGUUACCUGAUGGCCAUUGUGUGAAGAGAGAAGUGGAUGCUGCUCUAGAUGUUGUUAGUGAGACAAUGACCCCAAUGCAUUUCCAUUUACGGGAAAUCAUCAUAUCCACUUACAGACAGAUUAAGAUGGCUAAAUCGGAGGCUGAUGCUCAGUGGUUGCGGUUAAGGAGCCUACAGUACCUCGAGCGCUACAUUUAUCUCAUCCUGUUUAACUGCUACCUCCAUCUGGAGAAGAAAGACUCCUGGAGGCGAUCCUUCAGCCAGUGGAUGUACCAGGUGGCAGCUAGAGCUGGCAUCUAUACCAUCCUCAACCAUCUGGGCUUUUCUGAGUUUGAGAACCCUGACGACUCUCCGAUGACCAGGCUCCGUUUCCGCUGGCUCCCACACAGUGUCCAGUCUAUUCCCAUGCGAGGGGAACUUAUUUAGAAAUGCAUCGAACUGACUCACAUUUUAUAAAUGUUUUUUUAUUACAAUUUCUGUCAGACUCCUUAAAUCAAGAAGUGAUUUAAUGCAUCCUGUUGUCUUAUUUACAUUUUUGACCAUCUUUGGCUUUGCAGUGUUAUGUUUUGCCCUUAA